UUGUUGUCAGGCGGUGACUGUUCAUCGUUCGAGCUAGCUAAACUGAUCCGUUUUAAAGGAGGAAAACGUAAAGGGAAAACAACAUAAAAUGAUUAGUAUUACGUUUUGACGCAGCCGAAUCAUCCCGAAAGUGGGAUCAGUAGCAGAUUGAGUCGAACAAGUCAGUCGCCAUAAGAGGAAGUUUGACAGAACGAGGAGAGUACACAUGUCGUCUGCAGCAGAGACAGUGGAAAAUGCCUCCAUCAUUUCAGAGAGUGUGGCCCAUGACGGAAACCGCUUGUGGAUAGGCAACAUCGACCCCAAAAUCACAGAGUAUCACCUGGUGAAGUUGUUGGAGAAGUUUGGCAAAGUGAAACAGUUUGACUUCCUGUUCCAUAAGUCCGGGCCUUUAGAGGGACAGCCACGGGGCUACUGCUUUGUCAACUUCAGUACCAGAGAGGAGGCAGAAAGGGCGAUCCAGUGUUUAAAUGGGAAGCUAGCUUUGUCCAAGAAGCUGGUCGUGCGCUGGGCGCACGCACAGGUGAGGAGGUUUGAAGGUUUCCGUAACGACAAGAUGAAGCCUCCGAGCUUGGAACCGUCGUGCAGUGGUGCAGCAGAGGAAGGACCCGUAACAACAAAUCACCUCAGUACGAGUGCUAAGAUCCGCGCCAUCGAGGCCAAGCUCCAGAUGAUGGAGGAGAAUCCAGAUGAUGACUACUCGGGCCCGUCGGCCUACGUUUACAACAAACCGCCAGAGCGGAAACGCUGGGAGCCCUACUCUAAAUCACACCACAAUAACCAGAGUAGGCCCUUCCGCAAGUUUCGGAGAUGACCCCAUCCUCCUGCGCAUUCUGGAGAUCCCCCACCACCACCACCACCACACCCCAGCCACCACCUACACACAAACAGACUCUACACUUGAUACGAUACAGACUUUACACUACUUAUCUGGGAAUAAAAGAUUUUUGAAGUUGUCCAAAAUACUUUCGGAAGCUGGACUCUUUGGGGAGUAAUCACAGCAAUCAAGGACAAGUACCUGAAGUGUUUUUAGUUAUUUUGGGUUACAGUAUCAUUAGUUAUUGUUUAGGCUAAAGUAUACCCCAUACCUGACUGCUGUGCAGGUUUGGUCCCUCAUCAGUCUGCUUUCUCACUUUUGCAGAGAUGUAACGCAGGUGAAUCACACGGCUGUGAGUCAUGUGAUGCAUGGUUGCUAUAGGAAAGAGAAAUGUUCUAUUAAAGGGGUCUAAAUGUGGAUUCCCUUGUUGUUAUUGACAUGUGUUUUUGCUUUCAGAUCAUAUUAUUUAAAAGAGAAAAAAAAUUGAUGGCCUUUUCAGUGUUUGUCUUUAUUCAAGACAUCAACGAAAGAGAAAGGAAAAAAUUUAUAACAGGUUUGUACUGUAUUGUAUUGUAUUCCUUUCUCUUUUACUAAUAUUUUUUCUUUUUUGGAUCCAAUUUUUAUACGACUGGUCAGAUUCCUUUUAUUAACUUUCGUGUGGUGUGUAGUGUGGUAUUUCUCUUGCUACACUCUAUUUUAAUUUUUCAAUUAAAAGAAAAAUUCAGUAUCUCA